AUGAAAAGCGCCGCAUUCUCGGCCGCCUCAUCUGGCCCUCCAGCUUCGAGUCCUUCCUCGCCACCAUUGAAAUACCCCAACGACAAACAUCACAACAGUUUGUCCAACAUCAAGCAGCCGAGGCGAGACACUGCGACCUUUGCGAACGAAGGUCCGCCGGCCACGUAUUUGAGUCUCGGCGUUGGAAAAGGCAGGAAGGAGGCCAUAAAUGUCAUCAUGGGCAAGGGUGACCGUCUCCUUGUCGUUGUUGAGCGGCGACUCUGUUGCUUAAAUACAAAGGACCUUUGGACAAGUGGUAGAGCUUCAGGAAAUACUUUCCCGGUACUCAGAGCCGGCCAAGCAGCUCAAUCCAAGUCGACGAUGGAGGAAGUGGAGGAGGAACAUGGGGGCAUCAUGGACAAAUGCAAGAUGACUGUUUCAAUGAAGAAGCCCCGGGCGUAA